UUCAUCAAUAGGUGCUAUACGACAUUGAAAACCAAGUGAAACAAAAUGUUCAAGUUCCUUGCAUUUCUGACCAUUUGCGUCGCACUGGCCUCGGCCAAUUUGGUGCGCGUACCCAUCUACAAGAACCCCAACUACCGCCAAACCCGUCAGUCUGUGAAGACCGAGACCGCCUACUUGCGCGGCAAGUACAAUGUGGCCACACCACGCAGCGCAGACGAGCAAUUGGACAAUUACCUGAAUAUGGCUUACUAUGGCAAGAUCACCAUCGGUACACCGGCACAGGAGUUCUUGGUGCUCUUCGACUCUGGCUCAUCCAACUUGUGGGUGCCAUCAUCCACCUGCCCCAGCAGCAACGAAGCUUGCCAAUCUCACAAUCAAUACGAUUCGAGCGCUUCCAGCACUUAUGUUGCCAAUGGUGAAAGCUUCUCCAUCGCUUAUGGUACUGGCAGUUUGACUGGUUUCUUGUCGCAGGAUACCGUUAGUGUAGCUGGACUCACCAUUCAAAACCAAGUGUUCGCUGAAGCUAUGCAAGAACCCGGUACCAGUUUCGUUGACGCCAACUUCGAUGGUAUUUUGGGUAUGGCCUUCCAAUCGAUUGCCGUUGACGACGUUGUGCCACCUUUCUACAACAUCUGGUCUCAGGGUUUGGUGAGCAAUGAUGUGUUCUCCUUCUACUUGGCUCGUGAUGGUACCUCCUCUCAGGGUGGUCAAAUGAUUUUGGGUGGUUCCGAUCCCAGCCUCUAUCAAGGUGGUCUCACCUAUGUAUCCGUCUCUCAGCCCGGUUAUUGGCAAUUUAGUUUGAAUGGUGCUACCAUGAACGGACAGGUCUUGUGCAGUUCCGGUUGCCAAGCCAUUGCUGAUACUGGCACCUCACUCAUUGUUGCUCCAUACAAUGCCUACAACGUAUUCAUGAACAUCGUUGAUCCCGAUGGUGAUGGCUCCGUUGACUGCUCGUUGGUAGACAGCUUGCCAGAUAUGGAGUUCGUCAUUGGCUAUAAUACCUUCCUUGUACCUGCAUCACAAUACAUUCUUAACGACUAUGGUGAGUGCUCACCUGCCGUCAGCUACAUGGGUACUGACUUCUGGAUCUUGGGUGAUAUCUUUAUUGGCAUGUACUACACCGAAUUCGAUAUGGGCAAUAGCCGUAUCGGUUUCGCUCCAGUCGCUUAAGUUAUCGACCUUUUGGUUUACCUUUAAUUUAAAUAAAAAUGUUUGAAGUAAA